AUGGCGUGGAUCACCACCGCUUCCUUCAACCCCUCCUCCCUGACCGGGCCAUACGUCGCCGGCGGCGCCGCCGCCGCCUCCCCACGCUCCUCCGCCUAUCCCGACUGGGUCCUACUCCGCAAGACGGCGCGCAUCUCGGCGUUCCGGAACGUGACCACCGCCGAGGGCCGCACGGCCGAGGGCCGAGCCGUCGAGGCGUCCUUCUGGCUCGUCGACCCGCCGGGCGUCUCCUACUUCUCCGUCCACUGCCCCAGCCUCCAGGAGGACGACUUCUCCGGCGAGCCCCAGGUCGUCUGCGCCGAGGCCGCCUUCGUCCUCUUCCGCGUCAGAUUCAGCUUCCCCAGCGAGAGGCGGAUCUCCACCCACCACUUCGUCUACACGGCCCGCGGCGCUGCGGGGCCGCCCUCACUGCAACUCCUCCCGGUGCCCCCCGGCGUUGAGGACGUCAAAUCCCAUCAGCUUGGCCUCUUGCCGCGCGGCGGCGAGCACUACGCCGUCGCCUUCCUCGAUCGCAAUUGGACCGCCCAAGGUGACGCCUGGCAGUGGCAGUUCGAUGCCUACGUCUUCUCGCCAGAGACAUGUUCCUCGCUGGGCUUAUCGGAGGCCUCGCUGGGCUUAUGCGACCUCCAAGCAGAUGUGGUCGGAGCAAGCACACUGGGCUGGGUUGAUAUCUCACGCGGCAUUACUCUCCUCUGCGACCUGUUCGACGAGUGUCCUGUCGUGAAAUACGUCCCCUUCCCGGCGACAGUGGUUUGCGUCGCACCCUACUACCGUCUCACUCGUCACUCGGCGCAAUGCUUCCACGAUGUCGCCUGCUAUGAGGGUCUGAUCAAAUUCGUCGAGAUAGGCUUCGAUGAACCUGACUGCAUGAUAAAGGGUAAAGGCUGGAGAGCCACCACAUGGAUCAGAAACAUCUCUUGGGGAAGUUGGCGCAAGCACACCAGAGUUGAUGUCGCUAACAUCUCGGUUGACCAAAGAUAUUCUGCUCUGUUGCCUGAGCUGUGGAACCAUGAGACCCAUAAGCUAGAGCUGAAGAAACUGGUUUUCUUACUACCCAGUACCCACCCUGAGCGUGCGCAACGAUGA